UUUAAUAUUGAAGUUUUAAUAUUGUAAUUUAGGUUCGCAAACGAUUGAUUGGUUGAUCAGUGAUUUAGAUUGAUAAAAGGGCAUACUUCCUUUCGUGGAAAUUGAAGUUAUAUUUGGACAUUACGUAGUUUCAUGUGACCUAAAAUAUACAUUUAGGUCCUAAUCUUCACGUGAAGUACGGAAUUAAAAAAGAAUUUAUAAAUAAAUAUUACUUGACUAUAAAAUGGAGGUUGAAAAGACACAUGAUCCGGAGUCAAAUUUCGAGUUCCUCGUUCUCCAGGUUGAUGAACAAUCCGAAUUUUGUGACGUCACAGUCAUUAGUGGAGAUUGGAAGAAGAGAUUUCAUAGAUGUGUGCUUACAGCAAGUCUACUGUUUCAGACCAUAGUAGACAUACAAAUUGGCAACGCCAAGACAGGCAAUGUUCUUGAGAAACAUGGCAGAAUACAGGAUACCAAACUUGAGAUAAUGAUUGACACGUCCCCUGAUGUUGUGGAGAUGGCAAUUAUGUUCUUGUACGGAAAAGUCCCUGCGUUUACUAUCAGUAAUAUAGGGGACCUUCUGGAAUUAGCAGAAUACCUAAUAAUACCAAGCCUAAAACAUGCCUGCAUAGAUUGGCUGGAACAAAUAGAUUAUUCUAAAGUAAAUUGUAUGCAUGUCAUCAAAUUGUCUACAAAGUUUGAUUUUGAUAUAAAGACUUGCAAAAAAUACAUAGAAAGUCAUAUACCAGAGACGUUUCUCCUUGAUGAGGCAGUUGACCUUUCCUUUGAAACAGUGGAGUACUUUUUCAGGGAUAAAAGAUUUUCGUACGUAGACAUGGACGUAAAGUUGGGAUUUCUUAUAAAAUGGGCGAAUAAGCAUCCUAAAGAGUCGAUGAAAAUAAGUGUCAGUCAAGUAAUAGACACAAUUGAUCUAAAGGAAGUAUCCAUUAAUGUUUUGGAAAAGGCAAAGAAUAAUGCUACUUUUAAUAGUCUGAUCGAUUUAGAAAACAGAGUUUGUCAAUCGAAGCAAGAUUAUUUCAGAAAACGUGUGCUGAUAAUGGCAUCUGGGGAAUCUUAUUUUGCCUGCUUAGAUCUUCAGGAAAGCCGUUGGUAUAGAUUACAUUCUAGAUAUUUCGACAGAUACCGAUAUCGUGAGGAAAUUAUCGGUGUAAGAAAUGAUAACCCUGAAGUGUGUAUGGAGGAAGUUUAUUCUAGUAAAGAUAUUAUGACAACUGUUGACUUAGAAUCUGAUGAGAUACGUACAUAUAGGCUUCAACUAGAACUUGACUAUUUUACAGAUAAAGAUGAAGAUAUUGUCGAUGUAGAGAUCGCUCAUGUUAACUUAAGCAACGAUAUUGUAGUUGCAGUAGUACAAAUAACUGUACAAAUCUUUGUUCAUUGUGAUAUUCACCAAGAUGUACGGGAUAACUUUUCUUCCGGUGACGAAAGGGAAUGUCAAGAUAUUAUAAAUGCCGUCUUGCAGACACAAGUCUGUCGCGAAAUCAGUUCAAACGAGAAUGGGGACUAUGCCUUAUGCGUCGUACAUUUACCAGGAACAAAAGAUAUUGUAGAACCAAGUGCAGGAUCAUCAUCAUCCAGUUACACAAGAAAUGUCACAAGCUUAUUCAUUGGAAACACUUCGGAAGAAGAUGUAGAAACGCAACCAGUGUUUUCUUUUCGGAAUGAAAUUGUAACUCAAAUGUGUAUGAAUAAUCGUUCUGUUUUGGCUAUGCUAACAAAAUCAGACAAUUUCGUUCAUGUGAUACUGUAUGACGUAUUGAAUUAUAAGAUGGACCGCUUAUUAACGUUGCAGAAAAAAGAGUACGAAAUUUGUCCGUCUGACAAUGGCUUUAUUAUCUACAAUGAUACUAACUGUUUCUGUCUGACAAAACUAUCAAUACCAUUCUUCUCUAAGACUUAUAAGAUUGAAACAUUAAGACUGGAAAAUGGAGUAGGUUGGUUUAUCAAGUAUCGCUAUCAAUGUGGACUGUGGAUAAGAAUAUUACGCAGAAGCUUGAACGAUGAUCUUGAACUCCAAUGUGUAUCGCAUGAAGAACUGGCUAUGAGUCAUUCUUCACAGGAUGUAAAUUGGAAAAAUAUGCCUAUUCCUGAAGACAACACACUUUUUGAGAAUCGCAGUGAUCUAGAAAAUGCUUUUGUAGUUCCUUUAUCAAAAAGAAAGCUACGAUGUGAUAUUGCAUGCCCACAUUGCAAAUAAAUAAACGUGUCUUAAUAUUAUCCAUAACUUAGUUUGUUGAAAUCAUAUAACAUGUUUAUUAAUCAUCUGACGAUACAAAAAUGAAUGCAACUAGGCCAAUCUCUCGCGUUUAACCACGUUUUGCACGAACUCAUAUGUGAUAUGAUUGUGUAAGCUUUAAUUGAUACAAUACAUGUGUAAAUCAGUUCAGUCGAGUUUUGACAAUUGGUUGAUUAACACUAUCUAUUCGUGUAUACUAAAGCUUAAAUGGUUGGGAAAAGGUCUCCUUUCACUGACCAAUAACUGUCCUAUUUUAAUUUUACGGACGGUGUCGACUAACGGACAGUCAAUAGAGGAGGACUAAAAUGGGGACAAUAUCUGAAAUCAAAGUGUUUGUAUUCAUAUUAAGGACAUCAAACUAAAAUUAAACUUUCAUGCCAUGUAUGUUUUGAUUAAACCCUGUGUACUGUACGGUAGAAUACAGACACUAUUAGAUUUAUAUGGUAUACGGCAAUUUAUGUAUCAAUAAUAUAUUCCUUCAUACACACCGUCACCAAAGA